GGCAGCGUGUCGUCUGCAGGAACGACAACUCGCCGGGAGGAGAGGGGAAAGGGACCUAUUUUCCCUAUUUUUUGACUGAAAAGGGGCACAUUUUUAGAUUAAAUACUUCAAAAUGAUAAUCACGAGGGCGAGUGUGACGCUAAAUAAGCUGCAAUCAACAUGGAAUAUCCUAAAGAGAAUACCUGCAUAUUACUCAACAUCUGUGGGCAGUGUGCCCUUGGAGAGAAUCAGAAACAUUGGAAUAUCUGCACACAUUGACUCUGGAAAGACAACACUGACUGAGCGCAUUUUAUAUUAUACUGGUCGGAUCGAUGAGAUGCAUGAGGUACGUGGUAAGGAUGGGGUUGGGGCAGUGAUGGACAGCAUGGAGCUAGAACGACAGCGUGGCAUAACAAUCCAGAGUGCUGCAACCUUCACCAUGUGGAAGAACCAUAACAUUAACAUCAUUGACACACCUGGUCACGUUGACUUCACUGUAGAAGUUGAACGUGCUUUACGUGUCCUGGAUGGUGCAGUCCUGGUCCUGUGUUCUGUGGGAGGCGUCCAGUCUCAGACCUUAACUGUUAAUCGCCAGAUGAAGAGGUAUUCAGUGCCCUGCUUGGCCUUCAUUAACAAAUUGGAUCGAAUGGGGGCAAAUCCAUACAGAGUUUUGAAUCAGAUGAGGUCGAAACUGAAUCACAAUGCAGCCUUUAUGCAGAUUCCAAUAGGUCUGGAGGGAAACACAAGGGGGAUUAUUGACUUAGUGAGCCAGAAAGCUCUAUAUUUUGAAGGCAGUAAUGGCGAAAUUAUCCGCGAAGAUGAUAUCCCCAAAGACAUGAGAGCCGAAGCCGAUGACCGUUACAUGGAGCUUAUUGAACAUGUGUCCAAUGCGGAUGAUGCCAUUGGCGAACUGUUCUUGGAAGAGAAAAUGCCUUCAGAAUCUGAGCUUCGUGCUGGCAUCCGGCGGGCUUGCCUGCAGCGAACCUUUACCCCAGUGUUUGUAGGUACUGCACUGAAGAACAAAGGAGUGCAGCCACUAUUGGAUGCAGUUUUGACCUACUUGCCACAUCCAGGAGAAGUCAAGAAUUUUGCUCUUCAGGAAGACAAGAAUGGGGAGGAGGUCCGCAUUCAGCUGCAUCCAGAGAGAACAGCCAACCAUCCCUUUGUUGGCUUGGCCUUUAAAUUGGAGGCUGGGAGGUUUGGGCAGCUGACAUACAUUCGUGUCUACCAGGGUUGUCUGAAGAAGGGAGAGCUGAUCUUCAAUGCUCGUACUGGUAAAAAAGUGAAAGUGUCCCGGUUAGUCCAGAUGCAUAGCAAUAACAUGGAAGAUGUUGAUGUUGUCUAUGCUGGUGACAUUUGUGCUGUGUUUGGCAUUGACUGUGCUUCUGGAGAUACUUUCACAACCGAUCUAAAAUUGAAUCUAUCUAUGGAAUCCAUGUACGUACCUGAUCCUGUGAUAUCAAUGGCCAUCAAACCCAAGAACGCAAAAGACUCAGACAGUUUCAGUAAAGCUGUCAAUAGGUUUACCAAAGAAGACCCAACAUAUAGGGUGCAGUGGGACAAAGAGAACAAGGAAACCAUUGCAUCUGGUAUGGGAGAGCUCCACCUGGAGAUUUAUGCUCAGAGAAUGGAACGAGAAUAUGGGUGUGAAGUGUUAAUGGGGAAACCCAAGGUGGCAUUCAGGGAGACCCUCUCAGCUCCAGUGGAAUUCGACUACCUUCACAAGAAGCAGUCUGGAGGUUCAGGCCAGUAUGGUCGAGUUAUUGGCGUUAUUGAGCCUGCAGAGGAAAAUACCAAAAAUGUGUUUGCAGAUGAAACAAUGGGAACCAACAUUCCCAAGCAGUUUAUACCAGCUAUUGAAAAAGGAUACCAUACCUUUUGUGAGAAGGGUAUGUUGUCUGGGCACAAAAUAUCCGGUAUAAAAUUCUGCCUGAAAGAUGGUGCGCAUCACAUGGUGGACUCCAACGAGAUUUCAUUCAUUCUGGCUGCACAAGGAGCCAUGAGACAGGCCUAUGAUGAUGGCAUGUGGAUUCUCUUGGAGCCCGUCAUGUCUGUGGAAAUCACCGCGCCGGAGGAAUUCCAGGGUUCCAUUAUUUCCCAGAUGAACAAGCGCAAUGGAAUCAUCACUGGGACAGAUGCAAAUGAAGGCUGGUUCACUCUUUACACAGAGGUCCCCCUAAAUGACAUGUUUGGCUACGCUUCAGAACUUAGAUCAGCGACGCAGGGAAAGGGUGAGUUUGCAAUGGAGUACUCUCGUUAUGCCCCAAUGAGAAGCGAGAUGAUGGAGGCUCUGAUUGAGGAGUACACGAAUCCCAAAGGUGCUGAAGCCACAAAGAAAAAAGGAAGAAGAUAGGAUAGCCAAUGUUUAGAUCUGUCUGUCUGUCUGUGUUUCUCGCCCGUUUUGAUAAUAUGGUAAUUUUUUUAUACAAUGGUAUUCAGAAGAUGCUGAAAGUUGAAGUGAUAAAUACCUUAUUUUGUCCCUGCAAGUAAUAGGUUUUGUGUUAUUUGUAAAGACUGGAUGUUAAUUGUUAAAGGCUGUUGAGUGGGACUCCCCACAAAAGGUUUGUAUGUUGAGCAAAAAGUUAUAUAUAUGUUUUUUAUUUCAUCAUUUUGGACAAGGUGCAAAUAAGGCAAGCACUUCAAUUUUAGAAUAUGGAUAAAGAAUUUUAAUACAUUGUAUCGAACAAGAGAAAUAUUCUUUAUUUAAUGUACAGUAAUUUAAGCAAAAUUGUUGUGUCACUAUUAAAUAUGUGAUAUGUAAAUAAAUUUUUUAUAUGAAGUU